GCAAGCAGGGAGCUAAGACUUUAGAUAUUAAACUUGUUUUUGGCAACUCUUUUUACAGAACUCAAAAACGUUUUUCCUUUAUUCACUGCAAAAUCAAGCAGCUAUUUUUAUCCUUCGUCUCUUCUUCUUGCAGGAAAGAAGCUUAAAGGUAACCUUUUCCGGUCUCACCACUUCUCUAUUAUUUUUUACCACUAAUUUCCACUUCCUCUUUAGCUCCAAAAUUUUGUCUGACUAGGGUUUUAGUGUUCUUAGGCAAACCCAUCUUGGUUUUAGCAUCUCUAUGCUUAUACUGAACUGGGUUUACUCUCUUUUGAUUCUUUAUUGGAGAAACUAUUCCUUUUAUGAAUUGGGUUUUGGUUAUUCUAUGUUUUUAACCUUCUAUUUACACAAAAGAACUAGUCUUUUGUGCCGAGCUUUUCACUUGGGUAAGCAAUUUGCCAACCCAAGUGCAGAAGAAAUUAUUUUUAGGGCACUUUGUAUUAAUUUAAGACAGAGGAAAUGGAAAGUGUUAAAUCAAAUGGCUCCAAGUCUAACAAGUUCGUUAGUAAGCCGUGUUGUUUGCGAGUUUCGAACAUCACCAACCUUGGCUUUGGAGUUUUACAAUUGGGUUGGAGAGAACAAGAGCAUUUCACACUCUUUAGAAUCUUGUUGUGUCAUAGUUCAUGUGUUGGUGAAUUCAAAGAGAUUUGAUGAUGCAUUGUCAAUAAUGGGCAAGUUAAUUUGUGGAGAUGGUGUGCCUCCACUGGAGGUUUUCAAAGGUUUGGUUGAUAGUUAUGAAAUGUGUGAGUCAACUCCUGCUGUGUUUGAUGCAUUGGUGAGGGCUUGUACUCAAGUUGGAGCUACUGAGGGUGCUUAUCUAGUGAUUCAGAAUUCGAGAGUGGAGGAUUUUUGGGUUUCGAUUCAUGCUUGGAAUAAUUUUUUGAGUCAUCUUGUGAAAUUAAAUGAUAUCAGUAGGUUUUGGAAAUUGUACAAGGAAAUGGUGUCAUUUGGAUAUGUUGUGAAUGUGAAUACUUUUAACUUGGUUAUUUAUGCCCUUUGUAAGGAAAGCAAAUUAGUAGAAGCAAUAUCAGUAUACUACCGGAUGUUGAAAAGUGGGAUUUGCCCAAAUGUUGUUUCUUUCAAUAUGAUAAUAGAUGGAGCUUGCCGAAUAGGUGACUUAGAAUUAGCAUUGAGGCUAGUUGCGAAGAUGAGAGUAAUGUCAGGGGACAGCGUUUUUCCAAAUUCAGUGACCUACAAUUGUAUCAUCAAUGGGUUUUGCAAGAUUGGAAAAAUAGCAUUUGCUGAAGAAGUUCACAAUGAUAUGGUUAAGGCCGGUAUCAAGUGUAACACAAGGACCUAUGCAACUUUAAUAGAUGGAUAUGCUAGAGGAGGGAGUCUGGAUGUGGCACUUAGGUUGUGUGAUGAAAUGGUGGAGAGGGGCUUGAUGCCUAAUACUAUCAUUUACAAUUCAAUAAUUCAUUGGCUUUACACAGAAGGAGAUAUGGAGGGAGCUUCGUUGCUUUUGUCUGACAUGAUUGAUAAGAAUAUAUGCCCUGAUCAGUUCACCUACUCCAUUCUCACAAAGGGGCUUUGUAGAAAUGGAUACAUGGCACAAGCUUUCAAGUUUCACAAAGAAGUUCUUGAGAAACACCUUAUACGAGAUGCAUUUUCAUACAAUAUUCUCAUCGAUUAUCUUUGCCAUAGCAAUAACUUAUCAGGAGCUAAGCAGCUAUUGAGUAAUAUGUUUGUUCAUGGUUUGAUUCCUGACAUUGUUACCUAUGGUUCUCUGAUUGAUGGCUACUGUAAGGAAGGAAACAUAGACAAUGCUGUGCAGGUUUAUGAAAAUAUGGUUAAGAUGGAGGAAAAACCCAACUUGGUAAUAUACAAUUCCAUUAUAAAUGGCUUAUGCAAGGAGGCGUCUGUAGAUGUUGCAAAAAAUUUGUUAGAUGUGUUACAGAGGAUGGGUUUACUUGAUUCAGUAACCUAUAACACUUUGAUGAAUGGAUAUUUUGGCUGUGGUAAGAUUGAUGAGGCUUUUUCUUUGAUUCCACAAAUGAGAAAUGUCGGGAUUCUGGUGAAUAGAGUUAGUUACAAUAUCUUGAUAAACUAUCUGUGCAAGUUUGGGUGUUAUCAACAGGCAAGAAAGGUAAUGAAGGUGAUGAUUCUUCACGGCAUCAUUCCCGAUUUCAUAACUUACACAACUCUUGUUACCAAUUUUAGUAAGAAUUGCAGUCCAGAAGAAGUGAUUGAAUUGCAUGACUACAUGGUUCUCAAGGGAGUAAUUUCUGAUAUUCAAACAUACAAGGCCAUUAUUUGCCCACUUAUUGGAGAAAAAAAUGCUGAAAAUCAAGUUUAGUUGUUAGAAUGGGUGCAUGAUGUGUGUAUAUGGUUCCCUCUGGUCACUAUAAUUAUUUUUGUGUAUAUCCUUAAUAUUUCAAGGGACAGGGAACUAAUUUUUUUUUUCAUUAUUAUUAUUUUUUAAACUAGAUGUAUCAAACAAAAUUUUGGUGAACAAAGGCUCUAAUGUCAAGCAGAAAAUAUCAAUGGG